GUUUGAAUGUGACGUCAACAUGCCCUACACUGCGCCCCAUUAUUUAAAAGUGGCUCGCGAAGCUAGGAAUCAACUGGAAGAUGAACUGGGACCGCCAACUGAGUUCCAUUCUUUCUGCAGCUGACGACAGCGUGGCCAACAUGAGGGGGAGGCUGUCCUCGCUGGGGAACUCCAGCAAAAGGGAAGAAGAAUCAUUUCCAUUCAAGGAGAAGUUUCAUGAUUCAGAUUUUGACAGCCACGCCGUUUGCGCGCCAUCACCUAGCGCACAGCAGCUUCACCGUGUCAUUCCCGAGGUCCAGUGGGCAGAUGUAGCCUCCAUCCAGUCUCAAUUGCAGACACAGAACCAGGCGAUUGAGUCACUCACCAAGAAACUCGAUGACAUGGAGCGGAAUAAACAGUCUCAGCAAUUUCAUAUCCAGACGCUGCAAGCGGAGGUUGACAGGUUGCGCGAAGAUCUGAGAGGGAGGGGAUGUGAAAAAGAAGACAUUCCAGGAGUGGAGCGAGAGAUUACCGAUGUUGGAGCAGCCGCCUUCCCUCAGACGAGGUGCGUCAAAAGCCUUUACCCAGGAGAGCUUGAAAGAAAUCUUUUCAUUUUGCUCUCUUAUCACAGCUGGAGCUCAAAGGUGUGCCGAGCGGAGCUGGAACACCUCUGCAAGGAGGUAGAUCAAUUGAAAACCCGACUGAGGAGGCAAGAGGAGGCGAUGAUGCACCUGGAGAAAGAGGCCCGAGAGAGCCGGCGACAGUGUCAGCAUAGCAGCGAGACGAUUCAGGAGCUGACGGAUCGCUACCAAUCUCAUAGCUCAGAUCUGGCCAAAAGUGCUUUUGAGUAUACACAAAAGGAGAUCCGCCACAUCCGCGCCACUAUGUCAGAACUAGAGGGUGAGGUCAUGCGCCUGCGUGAGCAUCAAGCCAUGCUACCAGCAAUGGUCCCAAAUGGCUCGCCCAGGCUCGGCGAAAGGCUCAAAGUUGAAGAGGCCAAGCAGGACUCUGACUCAGAGGAAUUCAGCCCUACUGUGAGCCUGGCUGAGAUCAGCUCAGAAAUCUCACUGCUGGAUGAUCUGCGUGACUCAAACACAUUUCAAGCUCUUGAGCAUCAGGAUGUUCCGUCCAGAGUAAAGAGUGACUUCCUGGACGAGGAGGAGUAUAAUGACGAAGACAUCCUGGAUGACGACGAUGACGUGAACCUAGAGCUCGGAUCUGACCUGAGUCUGACGGACCUCUGAUCCUCUUUUUUUUUCUGUGAGUGCUUACUCACGCGAGGGAAAGGAGAGCCACACUUCCAGACGCUCGUUUCAGUCAUUACGUGAACAGCAAAAGAGUGAGCAUGUUCACGCAGAUGCUGUUGCUGGCCACGGUUCUCACCCAGAGACUCUUACGCAGACCCGCCUCUAAACGAAAGGAGAAAAACCCCUGGACCAGAUACCAUGAGAAGAGUCCAUAACUCCUGGGGGCAUGUCAUCUCUCCGGCAAGUGUGUGCGUGAAUUUGCCUCUGAUCUUACCGGGGAGUGUGCAUGUUCAGCCCGGUAUUUUGCCAUCUACUCUUCCAUGUUGCUCGGCUGGUGGGCUCUGGUCAUCUUGCCAUCUAGUGUAUGCGCAAACAACAGUAAGCACCUUACCAGCACGUAUCAUUACGCUCAGUCGGCUGGGUUUUAUCAUCUCACCAGGAAGUGUACGCGUAACAGUGGACUGGAGCUUGCCAGCAACUGAUUGUAACCGCAGGGUGGAGCUCUCGUCAGCUUUUGGCUUCUACUUGUAGAGGGAGAGCCCAAAGUGUGGAAAAAAGAAAGCAAGCACCCGUAAAGAAUGUUUUCACUGAUGGAGGAAGCGCUACAUACACGACUAUGUGUCGUGUGUACACAAAUAUCUGGUUUGUCUGCGCCGACCAUAAAGAGCGAAAACACAAAACACAUUUCAAAUACCUUUUAAUAGUCAUAAUAAUAAUUGUCCAUCAUCCACAUUGACCAGCAAAGCCUCACAAUUCAACAAUGAUGCGUUUGACACCUCAAUAGAUAAACACAAGUGCAUCAUUUUUAAAACGUGGAUUUCCACAUGGGUGCAUCUCAAAGGGGAAUGCAAUUUAUUUGAGUUUUUUAUAAAUUAAUCCAGGCGCUCGACAAUAACAGUAUUUACAGUAUUAACACUUCAAAAAGGCCACUGCUCCAGUCGUAUGUUCACCUCACAUGUGGAAAUGACAUGAAUGUACAUGUUUAAAAGGCACUCUUAAACUGAAAUGAUAGGGGGGCGAGGGGCAUCACCAACAAUACUGUAUUUGAACACACCCUGGACACCUCAUUAGGUACAACCACUCAAUCAAAUCAGAGCAUCACUAUCUUUGUGAAAGCGCCAUGAAGCUCUUGUAUUGCUCGGAGAGAUGCACCUAAUGUUGUGGCCGACUAGAGUAUCCUUUAAAUAACCCAUGAACACAAUAAUUUGAAACACACACACACACUUAAAAGCCCAGGCAUAGCUGAAACGCGCCCUGCAGAAACAAUAACUUUUCUUCGAAACAAACAUAGAAAAUGUAAAUAAAGUGCAACCUCAUUAAACGUAUAAUUAGGCCGUU